UAACAUUGGCACAUAAAACCAUUCCGUUGUAUCCUGCGUGAGUUUCACACGGUGACGAUAUGGACGGGCAGUGCUGGGGUUUAUUAAAGGGCUCUUGAGCGCGCUCCUGUCUCUCUCUCGCGUGCGCGUCGUGUUCAUUACUGAAAUCUCAUCUGACUUCAAACCGGUUCGGUUCGGAUGCGGAUGCUGGGAGCUGAUUUUACUUCUUGCGCACUUACAUUUUUUGUGAAGGCUUUGAUUCCUCACAAUUGCUGUAAUUGUAGUUUAAUAUGGAGUAUUAAAUGUAUAUUUUUACAUAGUAUUGAAUUGUACUGAAACCAAAAGGAUUAAAACACAUCAAAGUUUUUAUUAGAGAGUUGUCAGAAGUUUUUGAUCAUGUCUUCUGUCGCUGAUCUAAACAGAGGUGGUACGACCGCAGGCAUGAAGGAGUUUCAGGAGAUGCAGAAAUUGCAGCAUGAGAACUCCAUGCACAAAGAGCUGGAGAAACUCCUGGCCACUGCCAAGACACCAGAGCUGGAGAUCUCCAGGAAGGACUUCGAGGGCUUCAAGCAGCUCUUUCACAAUUUUCUUCAGGCGAAAGGACCCUCCGUAGAAUGGGCCAAGAUUCAAAGACCACCCGAGGACUCGAUCCAGCCCUAUGAGAAGAUCAAGUUGAAGGGUCUUCCAGCUGACAUAUCCUCCAGUCUUAAUAAACUUGCCGUGGUGAAGCUGAAUGGAGGUCUGGGCACCAGCAUGGGCUGCAAAGGACCCAAAAGUCUCAUCAGUGUCCGCAACGAAAACACGUUUCUGGAUCUGACCGUACAGCAGAUUGAGCAUUUGAAUAAGACGUAUAAUGCAGAUGUGCCACUGGUGCUGAUGAAUUCCUUCAAUACAGAUGAGGACACCAAGAAGAUCUUGCAGAAAUACACACAUCACUGUGUGAAGAUACACACCUUCAACCAGAGCAGGUAUCCCAGAAUCAAUAAGGAGUCUUUGUUGCCAGUGGCCACUAAUUUAAGCCUGACAGGCGAGAAUGAAGAAGCCUGGUACCCUCCCGGGCACGGAGACAUCUACGCUAGCUUUUACAACUCCGGCUUGUUGGACAAGCUCAUCGCAGAAGGGAAGGAGUACAUCUUUGUGUCCAACAUUGAUAACUUGGGCGCCACAGUAGACCUGCACAUCCUGAACCACCUGAUGAUCCAACCAAGUGGGAAACGAUGCGAGUUUGUCAUGGAAGUCACGGACAAGACGAGAGCUGACGUGAAGGGUGGUACACUGAUGCAGUACGAUGGUAAACUCCGACUUCUGGAAAUCGCCCAGGUGCCCAAAGCCCACGUGGACGAGUUUAAAUCCGUCACCAAGUUUAAGAUCUUCAACACCAAUAACCUGUGGAUCAGCUUGCCGGCCAUCAAAAGGCUUCACGAGCAGAACGCCAUGGACAUGGAGAUCAUUGUUAACCCUAAAACUCUAGAUGGCGGGCUCAAUGUGAUUCAGCUGGAGACGGCUGUCGGCGCCGCCAUGAAGAGUUUCGACAACGCGUUGGGCAUCAACGUCCCUCGUAGCCGCUUCCUUCCUGUCAAAACCACCUCGGACCUCCUAUUGGUCAUGUCUAAUCUGUACAGCAUGGAUGCAGGGUCUCUGAUCAUGAGCCCAAAGAGGGAGUUUCCCACAACACCUCAUGUCAAACUUGGCAGCUCAUUCACGAAGGUUCAGGACUACCUGAAACGGUUCGAGAGCAUUCCUGACAUGCUGGAACUGGACCACCUCACCGUGUCCGGAGAUGUUACCUUCGGAAAACAAUUAACACUCAAGGGGACUGUUAUCAUUAUUGCUAAUCACGGAGACAGAAUCGACAUCCCAGCUGGAGCGAUGCUGGAGAAUAAGAUCGUUUCAGGCAACCUGCGCAUCCUGGACCACUGAGGUGGAGGCGUCUCAUCCAACUUUUGCACAGAAAUCCCAUCCAACAUGUCACUUGGACUUUUACAGGGCAUAUAUUUGUGUAUGUCAGAUAUAGUGAUGUUCUAUAUAUGCCGUCUAUGUGAUUAGUAUUAACUUAAGUAAUAAUAACUACAGCUGUGUAGCUCACUCAAUGAUAAAUGUCAUAGGAUGGAAGCAGAUCACAGAUCAGCUGUGAAUGUUACAUGAGAGAUUACAGAGAAUUCUCUAAAAUAAUAGUGCAUCUUUGUAUAAAUACUGUGACUGUGUUUAUUACUGGGCAAACUGUUACUUUAACGCUACAAUCUGAACACAUAAUGGACGUCUGUUCCCUGUAAGACAGGAAUUAAAGUCGAAAAAUUCGAUAAUUGGAGCAGUGCUGAUUUAUCUCUGUGGGAUGAAAAAAUAUUUGGUUUCUGUUUCUUUAAAUAACCAGGAAGCUGAAAAAUGUGAUGAAAGUAUGAAUAAAUCUAUUAACAUUUACACAUUAAUUUAAGUUUUUAAUUAAAAAAUUAUUAAACUGUUCUUUAACCCUUAUGGGUUGUUCCAAUUCACUACCCUUUCAGGUUUUUCGUGUACAAAAAGGCCAUUAAAUUAACCGGCUGUAAAAAUGUAUCUGAUUAAUUUAUUUUUUUUAUUUUAUAAAUCUGUUAAUCAACCUCAAUACUGAUCAAAACUACCAAAUGUUUACAAAAUUUCAUAAGAGUUCAUAAGUGGUGUCACUGAUUUGGGGAAAAAAACGCACAAAAUAUAAUCAAUAAUAAAAGUGAUUGUGGACUGGAUUUUGCACAGUCUUGGGCAUCCUAAAGAUUGGUAAAAACAUUGGCUUUGAUGCAUUUUUAGUUUUUGUGCAGCAUCAGAUUAAAUUUUUUCUCCCACAUUUACUGUUUUUGACUUCCAUUAUAAGGACAUUUUUUGAUUGCAAAGCCAUGACACCAUAUAAUCAUGCAUUCUUGAUUGUUGGUGGUUUUUCCUUUUGCUAAAAGGUAAGUACUGAGGGUGAUUUACAGAGUCAUGAAAAAAAUUGUAAAUAUAUUUAUCUGAUAUAUUUUUAAAGCCGUUUAAUUUAGUGGCUUUUUUGUACACGAACAGCCCGAAAGAGUAGUAAAUUUGCCCAUGAUAUAUUGUUGAGUUUUUGAAAUUUUUUUAAGCGUUUUCUCAAAAUAUGCGUCACAAGUUUUGUCACCAAAAAGCCUUCCAUUUGCUGAAACAGAGAAAGUUGUGGCCAAAUUAACACAAAAAUGUCCUCAACAACCCUUAAGGCUUAAUUAAUUGUUAAACAUUUUGCUGACAUGAGUUUAAUAAAACUUUUUAACAUUUGUUCAACAACAAUUUGAGUUGAUCAUUGCCAACAACAAAAACAUAAAAAUAAGCAGAUAAACUUACAGUGUUUGGCUCAAUGCCGUGUUUCGUUAUUUGCGCUCCUGUAGGUGCCCAUGAGCAUUAAAAAAGUCUCCAAUAAUUUGGAUUUGGACUACGGUACAUUCAACCAAAGAUAUUUAAUAUUACCCCUUGAUGUCAAUAAAACAUACUGGUACAAAACAUUUCACCCCAACAUAAUAAUUCUUAAGAGUGGGCUAUCCCAGCUAAAAAAAUUUUGGUUCCCAGAAAAUCAGUUUUAGGUUUUAAAAAGAAAUCAACCUGCAGGUAAUGUUCUCUUAGUUUAAAAAAUAAUAGUAGAGGCUGUGUGCUUAAUGGUUUUAUAAAACUGUUAUAACACAAUACAAAAAUUAAAGCAAAAAAUAUGCAUCAAUGCAAUUCUCAUAAGGUAAAAAUCACUAAAAGUCUUUCACUGGAAAAAAUUGUCCCUGACAGAAUCACUAAUACUAAGGAGGAUUAGGCCCAAGCUAAAAUAAAUACAUCUCGAUAUUAUAAUGUGAAUUUUAUAAUAGCAGUUUUUCAGAGAAAAAAAAUCUAAAUAAAGAAUGUUUUGAAAAUAAAGUCAAUAUAAACAGAAUAAAGUCAUGUUUAGAGAAUAAUUUUUUAUUAAAAUAAUUUAUUUUAAUUAGAUUUAUUUCUUUUUUUACUUUGUCCUUAUCCUCCUUUUAUAAAUGACACAUAUACUGUUUAAUUUUCGACAUGUUCAUUCUUUCAUUAGUUAAUUUAUUGAUUGAUUUGAUGAUGUUAAAUUACUUUGAAGCAUAUGUAAAAUAACCACAUUUGCCACAUCUGACCCCGAAAUCAAAAUGCUGUUUUAUUGUUUAGCAAAAUAUAAUUUAUUUUUCUAAUUUAUUUAUUUACCCAUGAACAUCCGUUGCUAUUUAUCCCACUUCAGCUACAAACAUUUUAUUUUAAUUGUCUGCCAUAUUCAAAGAUCAAACAAUAACAAUUUAAUCUUUUCAGAAUAAUGUUAGUAAGGAGAUUAAAACUCUACUGUAUGUAUG